CCUCUGGGCAGAGCCAAUCAAGAGUCUAAUUUACCGAACAAUUGAUCGCAUUGCUGCUGGUAUGAGAGGCAUUUAUGUUACAACUUAAAUUGACUCUGAACGGAUAUUCAGUUUUAGGGCCACUUACUGAUGCGAAAGAACUUGACACGACUGCCACUGAGUUAGCCAACCGCCAAGACGAGAGCGACACUUCCAGGAAACGUCUUGUGGAUCUUUCGCGUGAAUUCAAGAAAACAACGCCAGAGGAUAUUCGCAAACUAGUAGCCCCACUGUUGAAGAGCUUUCAAGGCGAAAUAGAUGCUCUGUCAAAGAGGAGCAAGGCAGCAGAGGCGGCCUUCCUUUCAGUCUACAAGAAACUAAUUGAUCUGCCAGACCCUGUUGGAGUGUUGGACUAUGCCCAGCAGCUGCAGAAGAAGGCCCACCGCGUCCAGGAUCUGGAGAUAGAGAACAAACAGCUUAGGGAGACCCUAGACGAGUAUAACCAUGAGUUUGCUGAGGUGAAAAACCAAGAGGUGACAAUCAAACAGCUUCGAGAACGUCUGAAAGAAGGAGAGGAUCGUAUAGAGGCAGUAGCAGAGGCUCGUACAAAAGAAAAGGAGAGGGAUCUUCAGAAAUCAUUUGCCGAAAAGGAACGCCAACUUCAGGAGACUCAGAUUGCAGUGUCAAGGAAACUUGGAGAGGCGGAACAACGAGUCGCAGCACUUACAAAUACCCUUGAGAAUGUUCAGUCCGAGCUAUUCGAGGUCAAAGCGAAAUAUGACGAGGCCACGUCUGCCAAGCAUGACGAGACUGAGAUGAUCAUGUCCGACCUGGAGCGAGCCAACGAACGUGCGACCGCAGCAGAGCGUGAGGCCGACCGACUCCGGCAUCAGCUGACCAGCUUGACCACAGGGUUGGCACAGGGUGGAACAGGGGAGGGGGCCCAGAGUGGAGGGGACAUGGAGCAGGCCAUAGAGAUGCUGCAGAGGUCCAAUCUAGAGGCCGAGCUGGCCACUAAGGAGAGGGAGAUCACUCAGUUGGUGGAAGAUGUUCAAAGACUGCAGGCCUCUCUACAGAAACUUAGAGAAAACACAUCACAGCAGGUGAGUCGUCUCGAGGAGGAGCUGGCUUCGAAGAACAAGGCCUUCAAGAUACUGGAGGAGAGACUGAGAUCACAGGAAGACUAUGAGGAAAUCAAGAGGGAGCUAAGUGUUCUGAAGUCGAUUGAAUUCUCAGGCGGGGUGGGUUCAGACGAGGUCGAUGGAGACCUGAGUCACACCACAUCACUUGAGAUGCAGCUCCUACGCAAAAACAAGAGUCUCCAGUCUGAGAACACGCAGAUCAAGGUCAACUGUAACGAUCUCUCAGGAAGUUCUUCGCCAGCCCACUCGUCAAACACAAAGGAUUUUACAAGUGUUCUUGAAGAGGAAAUUGCUGAAACAUUUCAAGAGAAACAAUCACCUAAGGAAUCUGGGAACAAUGGAUUGCCUUCUAUUUCCCCCACUUAUUUACCAAAAGAGGAUCAGGAGCUAAAGUCUCCGUGUAGUGUAGACUCGGGUGAUAUCCCACCCAUGGUAGCUAGUUCUCCCGACAGCUCAAAAACUUUACAUCGGUCGGCUAGUGUUAGCGACACUAUGCGUAUUCCACCCCCCACAUCGCACUAUUUUCAUCCCGCGUUCACUAACAGCCAUCUUCUGGCAAAUUACAUGAGUCUAGGAAUGGGGUUUCACAAUAACAACAAUAACAACACACCAAAGCCUGAUCUUAACAGCUGCCAGGGACUUGAUACAAGCAUGGUAGCAAAAACUGUGAGAGAGUUGCUCAGUAUUCACAAUAUUGGUCAGCGGUUGUUCGCGAAACACGUGCUAGGUUUAUCACAGGGGACUGUGUCGGAAUUACUUUCGAAGCCCAAAUCUUGGGAUAAACUUACGGAAAAAGGGAGAGAGUCCUACAGGAAGAUGCAUUCGUGGGCGACAGAUGACAGAAAUAUCAUGGCCCUGAAGGCUAUUUCUCCAAAGAAAGCCCAUCGGAAAUCACCCGACGAUCUUGGGCCCUUUGUAGGUACCCAGCCGCUCCUGCCGAGCAUCCAGCGAGAGGAUUCUGUCACAGAGGAGCGUAUAGCUCACAUCCUGAAUGAGGCGCAACAGGCCAUGCAGCAGAAACGAUCCGUGGAGGAGAGCUGGAGCAAAGAGCAAAACAAUGUGAUGAUAAACAAUUAUCUCGACAUGGCCCGUCAUUAUGCCGGUCCCCACUUCCCUCUUAUGAGCCCCGGAAGAAUACACACCAGCCUGCAUGAGCACUCCCGCAAACUUAGCGACACGGAUCGCAGGGAUAAGCAGAAUGAUCCAGAAAUGUCCUCCAAAGAAAUGGUAGAGAGAAUUUACCGCCAAGAGCUCAUUAAGCUUGCUCAGGCAGCAGAAAAUGCCGGCAACAUUGCAGCAAGUGCCCUGUAUCAGCGGGAGCUAGCCCGGCUUGCUCAGAAUGUAAGAAUGCGGGACGACCCAGAGCCAGGGGAGGUGAGACAUGUGCACAGUUCCCCUGAAAACAGGUUGAAGGUCAAACAGGAAAAGUCGGAGAGACCAGAAGACUUGACCAUGGGUCAGUGUAACGGUCCCAUAGAUCUCAGCAAACGCAGCCCUUCAACCCCUAGCACUCCGACGUCGGGAGGCUCAGAUAAAUCGGUUAAUAGCAGUUCAGCUCAUGUCGGCAGUGCCUUCUUUCAGAUGCAUCCAAAGAUGAUGAAUGGGCAUGAGCAGGGCGACAGAGGCAUGAAGAGUGAGUCACAGUCAUCACCCCAUGCAGCAUUCCCACAGUUCUCUCCUUCGGACACCUCUUCUCCACUCCAACGAAUGCAGAACAUCGCAAACUCUCUUAUGAACCGAUCACAAAUUGGCACCCCCUGUAACAAGCCCUUAAAGGCAGUCCUUCCCCCAAUCACCCAAGAGGAGUUUGACAGCUAUGCCAACAUAAACACUGAAGACCUUGUUAAACAGGUCAAGGAGACCUUAAGCCAGUAUUCUAUCAGCCAAAGAUUGUUUGGUGAGAGCGUGUUAGGCCUCUCCCAGGGCAGUGUGAGCGACCUACUCGCCCGCCCGAAGCCCUGGCACAUGCUCACACAGAAAGGUCGGGAACCCUUUAUUAGGAUGCAGCUGUUUCUAGAGGAUGCUGAAGCCAUUCCGAAGUUGGUGGCGUCCCAGUAUCACAUCGCACCAGACAAACUUAUGCGGAGCAACUCGGUUUCAAAGGAACAUGAUUUGGAUCAUGUGACCCUCUGGCAGAACAUGCGGGCGUCACUCCCGCUAGGUGGGCUGCCAUUGGUCAGUCCGUCUUUAGGCCUCGGCAUGGCGGCCUUUUCUCAAGUGCCCCAGUCUGACAUGAAGCCUUCAUCGACUCCAUCCCGAGCCCCCCACGUGCCCUUAAUGUACCCCAGCGUGUCCUGUGGCUCGAACUCAGAACCCCUUGAUGGUGGUGGCUCCCAAGUCUCCCACGGCACACCCGCAUUCUUUCCACCACCCCACCCUGCCUCGCACUCACCGCUCCAGACCCAGUCUAACUGGAAUACCUUCUCAUACCCAUCCUCCAUGCUGGAAGUGGUUGCCAUGACAUCAGAGAUUGACACCCUUGACCUCACGGGCAGGGUCAAGGACGUUCUGCAGUUCAAUAACUUAGGACAGAAAUUGUUUGGGGAGGCAGUGCUUGGGCUGUCCCAGGGCUCUGUUAGCGAAUUGCUGUCAAAGCCAAAACCCUGGCAUAUGCUCAGUAUUAAGGGACGAGAACCAUUCAUCAAAAUGCACCUGUGGCUAAGCAACCCAAAUAAUGUUGAAAGAUUAAAAAGUUACCAAAAUGAAAUUAAAGCUAAUCGCAGAAGACGCCACAGCCUAGAGGAUAGAUAUGAUUCCUCUAUUGCGUUGCCAAAGCGACCUCGUGUGUUCUUUUCUGAGGAGCAGAAGGAGCGUCUAAGGCAGGCGUACAACAGAGACCCUUACCCAAACCAGAGCACGAUAGAGGCCCUGGCCAGUGCCCUGGGGGUGGGGGUUAAGACUGUGAUCAACUGGUUCCACAACCACAGGAUGCGUGCCAAGCAGCAGCAGCACUCUAGCAGUCCAACCACGCCGUACAGCGACUACAGUCAGUCUGGCAUGGGUAAGGAGGAGUCUAAUGAUGACAACUCCAACAACAGCGACCUCUCCAGUUUCUCGGAGAACAGGGAAGCCCUGGCUGCGCUUGGGUUCCGGUUUAUCAACUCAGACAACAACCAGUGGAUGUUUCCUAAAUUUGAACCGAUGGCUUCGAAGUCAGGAAGUCAGGGUUCCGAUAACAUAGAUGAAAGCGAAGGGGAUGAUGGUGAUUAUGAUGAGAUAGAUGAUGAUGCCAAAGAUGAUGAUGCUAAUAUUGCCAAAGAUGUAGAUAAAGACUCUGAGAAUAUGGAAAUGGAUAAAGAUGAGUCGGGUUCAGAAGAUUCUCCUAACGAGAAAAAUGAGAAUGACAAUGGAGAUGAGUUAUUUAAAGGUCAGGUGUCCAGUGUGGUGCCCUCUGCAGGGGCCAACAGGCGAAAGCGAUCUCACCCACAGUACGUGUCUGCAGGACGACACCUGGACAGGACAGUGAAUAUUACAACACAGGACAGAAGUGAGGAACACGAUAGGGAGAACAUGGAUGGCCAAAUCAGUUGUUUGGAGGUGAAAGAAAACAAAGAAAAUGUUAACUGUCAGGAAGAGGGAUCAGUUGAAAAUGUAAAGCGAAAUAUAGAUUCUUUAGAGGGUAAAACUAAUUGCACAAUUGAGGGUAAGCUGAGCCCAACACUUUCUUAGAACUUGGUUAAUGUUGUGUAAACUAUAGGGUUGUUGGCCCUGAAGGCAGCAUUAUAAAACAUGUUCAUUAUUGCAUUGAUAACUCUACAUCAGCACAUGAUAACUAGCAAACAAUGUGAUUGGCACAUAUUUGUUACGUGUGGCAGAGCUAUCACAAUAGCUCUUGCAGCUCAACGUUUGACUUUAGUUUGGAGUUAGUGAUUUUUGCUUAGAUUUACAAGAUGCUCAGAUGUUUAUUGUAUAAGUGUCAUGUGCCAUUAGAGGCAUACAGCUUGUAUAAGUGUCAUGUGCAUGAAGUAAAGACUUCUUGUAGUGGCAAAGAACACUAAGAGACGCUGCUGCCAGCAAAUCUAUUCCUUAAGAUUUUAGUGUUCAUUUUCUACAAGAACUUUGUAUAAUAGUGAAGUGGGACACAAAUAUUUGUGAUUUUUAACUUACCCAGACACAAAUUUCUACAAGUGCUGUUAUUUUUUUAUUACGAAGUAUUAUCUUUUUUUUACUUACAGUUUAUUUAUGUUGUAGACACUUAUUAGUCUUUAUUCAGACACAACAGUUUAAUUUUGUUUCGUUGUGAUGUGGACACAAAAGAUUUUAAGUGUGUUUUAUUGCUUUAUAGUGAUUAUCAAUGUUUUGACACUUGAGGGCAGUUGUAUUGUUGGUUUUGCAAUGGAGAGCAGGUGUUUUGUUGAUGAUGUGUUCAUUUUACUCGUUGGCUCAGCCAUAUUGACUUGUUAAUGAGUUGUUGCAUGAAAUAUUCUAUCCAAAUUGUGGGAUACAAAGGUGUAUAUAGUUAUGUAUAGGGGUGUAUUGCUGUUAUAGCGGAGUAAGGAAGUUCAGAAUCAUUUACGCCAAGUACCAGGAUGGAUCAUCAUGCUUGGGUGUAUAUUUCCAAACAUCCAAACUUGAUAUUUCAAGCGGGAGGGUCAAGCCUUGUUAUUUGAAGGCAUCAUCCAGCAUGGUUUAAGGGAAUUUACCUCCUUAUUGCGCACCACCAAAAAACUUUAUGAUUUGUUACAGAUGUUUUUGUUUCAAUAUGUCAUGCUUGUGAUGUUAUUGUUGUCCCCUACCGGUGAAACUGGAGGGGGCUUUUGUUUGCGCUCUGUCUGUCACACUUUUCUGGAUCCUUCGAUAACUCUAAAAGUUCUUCAUAUUUUUUCAUGAAACUUGAAACAUGGAUAGAUGGCAAUAUGGAGAUUAUGCACGUCGUUUCAUUUUUUUCCUACGUCAAGAAUUCUGGUUGCUAUGGCAAGCUAAUAAAAAAAAUAAUUCUUAAAAUGUUUGAGUUUCACCGGUAGGGGACCAUAUUGCUGGGCAAUCUCUUGUUAUAAACUUUUUUUUCUCAAACCCUGCUUGCAGAAAGCUUGUUAUAAAGAAGUCACAAUGGUCCAGUGUCCAUGCGUGCCUCCAAGAUUGUCUCGACUGUUACUGUGUCAUUAAUUGUGUAAUUUCGAAGUAAAUUUGACAAAGGUUCACCAUCACAAGAAAACCUGUUGCAAAGAAAAUCUGUCUCCCUCCAUCAAAGUUCAACUUUUGCCAAAAGUAACUUUUUUUCAAGACUUGACAAUAUCACUUAUUAUGCAUUUUUAUAAUAACUUGCCAAAAAUAUUCAUCAUCAUAAUUUACAAAAAUUUGAAUAUGUGGAAAACGCAUGCCACCCUUGUACAAAGGCCAAAGUCACACUUGAGACCAAAAGUUAAAAUGAGUUUUAUCAUUAUUUACAAUGGGGUCGACAUAACAGGAAUAUAGCUUUAUAGGUUUUGUUUUUUCUAGGGUAUUUAACUUGGUAUAAUAACUGUUUGACAAACACUUUUUAUAUUUCAGUGAUCAUUUAUGUCAUUAUUCACAUUUGAAAAACAGACUGUUUGAUUAUAUGAAUACUUUUUGUAUGUGCAAUGACAGUGUUUUGUGUUAACAUAUUACUCCUUAAGGUUGUUUUCAUGAUAGGAGUGCAUAGUUAUGUUAAUGUAUAUUGUAUGGGGAGAGUUAUUUUUAUAAUGAUUUUUUUACAUUUUAUUGAUCCAAAUUGUUGGCUAGUGAGUUAACAGAGAAUAAUAAGGUCUUGAGGUAUGGACUCUUUCUCAGAUGUUUUUCGUGCCAUGUUGCAUGUUAAUAUUAAGUUUUGUUAACUUAAAUGUCCUCACUUGAGGCAGUGGAAUCUGGUUAACUUAAAUGUCCUCACUUGAGACAGUGGAAUCUGGUUAACAUGGCCAUUAUUUUUACCAUUGGUAUGCAGGCUGUUUGAAAAUCAAAAUAAAUGUUGUACUAAGCUAUACAAAACAGCUCAAUGUUCAAUCAUUUAAACAUUUUCACGUUAUGCAAUAAGGGCAGUUUGCAAGCCAAAAGGAUUUAUCAGAUUGGUGAAUUAAUGUAUCAUGUAUUCCCUAUUGAUCAUGUGAGGUCAAGUGCACCAAAUUGGCUACAUAUUGUGACUUUUCAAGGAUGUGUUCAGGUUUUUGUGGUAGAAUGUAAGGUCUUGAUCUAGUUAUCAAUUAGCUUCUUAGAGGAUUUAGGAUAGAGAUUCAACAAGUACAUCAUUCCAAUGGCUGUGGUCCAAGUUUCCCAGUUUUUUCCAUUUUAAUCCAUUAUUUUGUUAUGAUGACCAUUUUUUAUUUGCCCUUCUUAAUCAUCUCUGUCAAGAUUUAAAGACACCCUACAAGCAAUCACUGCAAAAUUUGACAAAGAAUCUAACCUUGAAUCUGCUUUUUUUUGGCACCACACUUGCUCAACCUCUGCCUAUUUCAGUGUGUUUGGUGUACACUGAUUGAUUUUGAGAACUACACAUUAACAGAUUUCUAUGUAACAUUGUUUUCAAAUUGUGCAAGCAAAUGCAAACUUUCAUCGAGCACUACUGCAGCUAAUUUUUUUUGUACCAAGAUAAGGAUGAACAUGUUUAAAUAUUGUUUGCCAAAUUUUAUGAUCUUGAAAGAUUUAAUAACAUUUGAGCCAAGUCAUGCAAAAUGGGUCUUAUAAAUAGGUGUCAAGUGUACCUUCAGACCAGCCUGUGCAAUUGCUCAGUCCGUUUUAGGAGCUACCCUGUCUGCUAUAAAGUCCAUCAAUCUUUUGGGGGCUUGUUAUCGGACAGGGAAGCUCCUGACCAGACUACCUGUUAGCAGCCAGGACUUAAACUAGGCUGGCAGUAGAUGGCAUAAGACCCGUUUUCAUAUGACCCACAUCAUUUUUUAUUAUCGUUCUCUGAAAAUAUAGUUUUUCCCUUUGACCAGCUACCUUUCUUUUAAGUUUUUUACUCAAAUUUGCUGAAAAUGAGCGUGUACACUUUAACAAAGCAAGCUUCCAAUCUUGCUCAAAAAGCAUUUUCAAUACUGUGCCAUAUUUGUAUAUUUAAAAAAAAAGUGAUGUAGUAAUACAAAUCAGUUAAUUUUAUUUUUAAAAGGAUUGUACUUUAAGAACUCAGUAAUUUGUAUUGGUUGUAUAUAUUUUUGUCACAGCUUAAUGUUUUGUUUGUAUAAUUGUUUUACUGAUUUGCAAUAUGAUAUUUUGAAAUAUGUAAGUAUUUACACCUUCAUAAACAUGUGAAUUAUGAAAUGUUUUAAGUGUCAAUAUGUAUAUUGUGUUACAAAUUUCCAAUACAGUGUGAGCAGUGAGCAAUGGUUUUCAGAAGUUGAAAAUUGUAGGUUCAUUAUGAACAUAUACCAGGUAUGUGGUAUUUAUCAAUGGAUCAAUGACACUGUGAACAAUAAUUUUAUAGUCGAACAGUUACUUCUUUCUACCAUCAAUAAAGGUAUAAUAUGUUUGUCCAUGGUUGACAAACUCUCUUAAUUAAUUUGGAUUGACUAGUCCAAGCAUGCUUCAUGGUUGUUUUGUUGGGUGUAGUCAUCGCUAUGUUUUAAUGUGUUCUUUGCUACAUUUCAGAUUUGAAAUUAGCAAAUCUCUGCCAAAAUGUAGCUAAUACAAAUAGUGUUCAUUUUAUUUUGUAGCUUGUUUUAUAUACUUAGUGGUAAAAAAGCAUUUAAAUUUUAUGUGUAUAUUUUUCUUUUUGUGGGAAUUGUGCAAACAUUUUUUGCGUGCGUUAUACACUAAAACAGAUACUUUAUUUUAGUUUCUUCUACAAAGUUUUUAUUCUUUGUUAACUAUGUGUGCAUUGUGUUGAAACUUAUAUAGACAAUAAUAUAGAAAAAUCCAUUUAAGACGCUUCUACUUACAAAGACUAAGGAUUAAAAAAAAAAAUGUUUAAAAAUAUUUAACUAUUGGAAUACAUUCAUACAGUAUAUAGACGUUUAGGAAUAUAACUUGAGAUGUAAGGGUACCUUAAUAACAUAAAAACAAAAAAACUUUGAAUCAACCUAAAUGAGUAUUUAACUGUUUUCUUUAUGCAACACUUGGAAAGUUUAGUUGUUGGUUUUUUAAGUUAUAUUAAAUGCCAUUAACUUAUCUAGAAUACAAAUUGUGGUGCCUUUUGCAGGGUUCUCAUUGGCCUUGAAAAGUCCUUGAAAAUGAAGUUGCUCUUGAAAAGUUCGUUAAUUGAUCAGUUUUAGUUGUUCAUUUAUUAAAAUACUUUUUUGAGAUGUUUUACUGACAAUAAUACAGUUUUAAGUCUGUAUAAUCUGUGCAUUAUUUAAAAACAAAAAAACUAAUGAAAUUGCUACUGGUUUUCUUGUUCACACACUUUUAAAUUUGUUAACAUUAAAAAUUAUGAUCAAGCAGCAAAUACACUGGUUGAUACUUUUUUGUAAACAUAAAUUAAUAUUUAAUAUCACCUUGAAAAUCUUCAAUCUGGCUUUGAAAUUUUCUUGAAUAUUGUUCUAUGGCUUGAGAAUGAACCUUGCUUUUGAAUGUUUUUUAACCUCACAACAUUACAACUUCCUAUGUGUUUGUGAAUCACAUGAUUCAGAAAGGAUAUUAGUACUUUUGUUUGUGCAAUACAACAUCAGAGUAGUCAUGGAUGUGUUCAGUUGGAUUGUUUUUCCUAAGCAAUCUUUCACUUGUGUUCUAAGUUAGCUUUCUAGACUUUUGAAAAUAAUAAUGUUUUUUAACAAACGUAGCUGUUGCCAGUUCAUCAAGCAUGUAAGGCCCAUUUGUCUAACAUUUGUUAAGGUUGUUCAUUGUUCAUUAUUGUUCAUGAUCAAGCAUUUCGAUCCUUGUAGUUAUUUGUUGUUCCUAUGUUACUCACUUUCAACUGAAGAAAAUGGAAGCAUACUUUUGGUCAGCAUCAAAUAAACAUAGAGAAACUUAUAUAGUCAUCAACAAUUGACAACAGUUUGUUUUAAUCGGCAUAGUUUUACCGUAGCUAGAUUAUGUUUGCUCACUAUUUACAUAAUUGAUUGUUUAUAUUGACAGUCUUCCUCAACUAUUCAAAAUCAAAGAAGUUGUUUUCCUAUUAGAUGUUUGAAUAUUUACUCAAAACAUGUGUUGUAUAGCAAGCAAACAAGACCAGGCAUAUGAUUUGGUAGAAUUCAGUAGUUCUGAAUCUAUAUAUAUGUAUUCAAAAUUUCACGAAUAAUACAAAAGAUACGUAUACCAGGGCUGAAUUUAAAUAUGUGAAACACAAACUAAAUAUUGUCAUCAAUAUUUAGAAAAGGAUCAUUAUAAAAAAACACAUCAGAAGUAAAUGAAAAUUAAUAUUGAUAACUGAGUAAUUUUUUAGUUAUUAUUUCUGUUUCCAAAUGUUGUGUUUUCUUUUAUUGCUGACUUAAAUUUAUGUAAAUGACAAUCAAGAACAUUAUUUUAUGCAAUGUUGUAGCAAAACAUGUAAAUAACUUUUCUGCAUGUUUUGUUGAAGUAUGUCAGAAUGUGUUAAUCGUUUGCAAAUACUGCUGUCCGAGUCAGUGUUUUUGGCAUUUCACAAAUUGCUGAAUCCUGAAUAGUUGUUGGACAUAAUGACCUGUAUUUUUGUAAUUUGCAUCAGAUUUUUUUCUUAUAGUGAAGCUUUUAAGUAUAGUAAGUAGUUAUUUUUCACAAAUAUCAAUUACCGUAUCUUUUUUCAGUAGUUUUGCAAACAUUUCAAAGGAAUCAAAUACCCCAGCAGGUUUUGAUAAUAUUUCAUUACUAGAAGAAUUUGAAUAGCAGAGUCACUGCAUGUAUACAUGUGUGUUUGUAUUCUUCUUCUUAUUUUAAUAUUGAUGGCUUCAGUAUCCAUUGUGUAUGUGCAUGUCCUCUGAUUGCAUUUAAUAAGUAGCCAAAAUGGUUGUUUUUAUAGCAGCCUUGCCAACUUUGGUACAAAAGCUUUUAUUGAUGUACAUAGAUUGUUGUACUCCAAAUUAUUGUACAGAUGAUGUAGCACGGAUGCUUUAAGAUGUGUUCAUGUAUUUUUGCUUUCAUUAACAUAACAUAUUAUUGCUUUUAAGUAAUAUUCUUCUGUGCUUAAUAUAUUUUGAUUUUGUGUCAUUGUUUUUAUUUUUUCUACAAAGUGAGCUACUUUGUUUACCGUUAUAAGAAUACAUUGAAUUAAGGUUGAAAAAAACAUUUGAACACUCAUUUCUAUGAUUUGAAUGGAAGCCAGUUGGUUUUCUUUUGCAUGGAAAAAAAUAAAUGCAUUUGUUUAAAUUUUAUACAUACUGCCGAAUGUGAAAAUAUAGCUUUGAUAUCAAUUGUGCUAUGUAUUUUAUGUUUAAAGGUUUAUAUAGAUUGUAAAAAGUUGUAUAUUUUGUUGAUUAUAGAGCAUAUAUAUAUCUUAAGUUGUGCAUGUAAUUGUCUUGUAAAUAGCAUCCAAUGUCAAAAAAGAUACAUAUAAUGAAGCAUUUUUGUGUGACAGUGUAUCACAUUGGAUAAUAUUUUGGAGUAUGUAGACAACACUAGCCAAAGACUUUUUACUUGUUGAUUCAGUUGCUUGUUAUUUUAUAAUAUUCACAUUUAUUACGCUUUAAUUCUGUUGCAAUUAUACAUGUUUGUUUCAAGGCUUCAUUAAUUUUUAUUUCAUUUACUGUGCAUUUUUCUACUCAGAAAACCUGAUUUUAUUUGGUUUGGUCAUUAAUUCAUAUAACUUAUAUACAAGACACACACUUACUUUAAAAUACUUGAUCCUAUUUUCACAAUCAUUCAUGUUUUGUCAUUAACAUGUGAUAACUUGGAGGUCAAGGUCAUUGAUAUGUUUUGUUCAGUUACAUUCUAAAUUGCGUUAAUUUCCAUUUUCGGCCAUUAUCUACAAAAUUUGUAAACACACAAGAUUUGACAAAAAGGCUGAUCAUUCCAUAGAUUUGAGUAAAAACAGGAGUACAAACUCAGUUGGGACAUUGCAUUGAUUAGCGUAGGAACUAGCUAAAAAUAGAAACAUUUCUAUAUUUUUUACCACUUGUAUCAUUGAGAUCAUGUUUGUCAUGAACAGCUCAAUUUGUUUAUAUAAACAGUAUUUUUAACCAGAGAUCUUACUGUGUUGGUUUUUUAAAUCUAUAUAGUUGUGUUGUACAGAUAUUUAUGUGCGUUUUACCUGGUUGUUCGAACUUGACACUAGACAUGUAAUCUGUGUACAAGAAAUUACUCUAACAAUUUUAAAAUAUAUUAUAUAUAUAUAUUUAUAUGUAUUAACAAACUUAAAGUUAAAAUUUGUUCAAGAUUUUGUAAAGACUAGCAAUAAAUUCUGAAGUUGUUGAGAGAUUGUAUCUACAAUAAUUAAUAGGUGAAUGUUUAUUUCCUGUGCACAGACACACUGAAUGUUAAAUUGCGUGUUAGCAACAGUGUCUAGUCUGGAAAGUUUUUACCAUUAUGACCUUGGAGUUGUCCCUGUCCUACAUGUGGAUAUGGCCUUUCUUUGGUUUUGCCUUGAAAAGUUGUGGCUAGUCUACAUCAAUUAACACAGUAAAAUACAAAAAAUACAAGUUUUGUGAUCCAGCUUAAAAUAUCCUGGUGAUACAUAAUGGGUUGAAAUUUUGCGUUAGUUUAUAUUGAUUGAGAACUAUUUGUAUUACAUAACAAGCAAGUUCUUUAAACUCAUGUUAUCCUACCAAUAAUAUCAAACUGACUAUAUUUAUUUGACACUAUGUAAGCUUUGGAGAAAAGUGGUUCAAUGCUUGCGUUUUAAGUGUCGUCCCGAUAGGCUUAUCAGGGACAACACAUGACGCCUCAACUUGAUUUUGCUAAGAAGAGACUUCUAUUGAAACGAGAAAAAAAACAUAAAAGGGGAAAAAAAUGUUCAUUGGCAGCAUGUAGGGUGGGGUGACCCAUUGUGUCAACCAACGUGUACAAGUUGUAUUCUUUAAUGUUAAAUGUCUACAAAUUAAUUAUCGUGUAUCCUUCAGGUGCUUCAUUCAAAUUAAUAAAAAUAUUAUGUUA